UCCGAGAAAAUGGGAAAGGAGCCUUUCGCUUACAAAACGAAAUGGAUGAAAAAAGAAAUUCAGGAAAUCCGAAGCGCCUGGCGUUGAAAGAAAAAAUCCAGUCUCUGAGCUGUGGUGCAUCCCAUAUUGUCCUGGUUUCAGAGAGGGGCAACGUUUUCCAGUUGGACUGCGACGAAACACGCAGCGUUCCCAGGCUGUGCAUAAAUGACAGACAGGUGAUACAGGUUGCCUGUGGGGACCACCAUACCAUUGCACUCUCAAAAGAGGGAGAAGUGUUCACAUGGGGAAGCAACUCCAAUGGCCAGCUGGGAUUGGGCCAUGUGGUGUCCAGCCCCCUGACCCCCCGGCCCGUCACUCUCCUGUCAGGGAUGCCCCUGUCCCAGAUCAGUGCUGGAGGGGACCAGAGCUUUGCCCUGUCCUCUUCAGGAGCUGUGUUUGGCUGGGGCAAAAACAACACAGGACAGCUGGGUCUGGGGGAUAUGGAAGACAGAUAUUGUCCAACCCCUGUGGAUAGCCUAAAUCUAAAAAGAACUGUUUCCAUUUCGUGUGGGGAGGAGCAUACUGCCAUUCUGAACAAGGGAGGCUUGGUAUUCACCUUUGGGUCGGGACGUUACGGGCAGCUUGGACACAAUUCAAACAGAAAUGAGCUGCGGCCUCGGCUGGUAGCUGAGCUCUGGGGGUCGAGAGUGACCCAGUUAGCCUGUGGACGGCACCACACACUUGCUUAUGUUUCAUCCUCAAACACAAUCUACUCAUUUGGAUGUGGAGAACAAAGGCAGCUGGGAAAUGGACAGACCAGUAAUCAGAAUGUCCCCCUUCCUGUUCAACUGUCUCCAGAUGAGGAAUUAAUCAACAAAUGGAUCUCAGAAUGUGAUUCAAGACCAUGGAAAAGUUUGAAAAGGGAAAUUACCAAAACAUUCUCGUCUGCAUCGUGUCUCAACGGUAGCUUUCUUCAAAGUAAUGACAAGCAUUAUCUCACUGCAACGGACAAUCCAGGCCUGGACUUGUCUCUUGCACGUCUAGCUUUUGAGAAGCUGGCAAAAAAGGACAAAGUGUUGACUCAGAUUGGAUCAGUGGUGCAGCAGAGGCUAAUUCCCUCCCUGCAGCUAUUGCCUGCUAAUGUGGAAGCCUUGAGAGUCUACUUGAUCCUGCCUGAGCUCCUGAGGGUCCUGCAGACACAGCAGAGAGAACUCAGUGUAGCUUUUGCUGCUGCAAUUUUCAACCUGUCUUUACUCCAUCCCAACGUCCUCGAGGACCUAUGGUCAAAACUUCCAAAACCCUUCUUCAAGACCCUGGUGAAGAUUUUUCACACAGUCUCCACCUGGUACCUUAACCAAAUGAGAACAGAGCAGACUGAUCACUGGGUAUCGGUGGCGAUGACAGUGAACGUCCUGCAGAAGCUGUACGAGGUUAACUACAGAGCUGGAAGGAAGAUAGAAGACAGUAACUUCUACAUCAGUGAGAUGAAGCUCUUCAUUAAGUCUGUGAAGUUUGAACAGGAGGAUGGUAUCGAUCAUGGAGGCGUGUCUCAGGAGUUCUUCUCUAUCAUUGCAAGAGAAGUUAACUGUUUGGACCCGAGGGUGUUUGAGUUCUUCGAAGACUCCAGACUUGUGUGGUUCACUCCAGAGGGUCACUGUGACCACGACGCAUUCUACUUGCUUGGCGUUCUCUGUGGAAUGGCUCUGUACAACUUCUGUGUGGUGAAUUUCCACUUCCCCCUAGCACUCUUUAAGAAACUACUCGGUUUUCCCCCAACCCUGGAAGACCUGAAAGAACUUUCUCCCAUUGAAGCCAGGAGCUUGCAAGGCGUGCUCAUUGAAGAUGAGGAUGUUGUGGAAGUGCUAGAUUUGGAUUUCACUGUCAAAGGUCAUGAAAUAGUGCCAUGUGGGAGAGACAUACCAGUAACCAAAAGCAACAGGCAGCAGUAUGUGGAUGCAUACAUUGAUUUUGUGUUCAACAAGUCAGUAAGAAGACAGUUUGAGGACUUUUUGAAAGGAUUUUCAAAAGGCUGCCCGAAUGAGAAGUGGAGAAUGUUCCUCCCUGAAGAGCUCAUGGCCCUGCUCACUGGAAACAUCGACUACGAGUGGGAGGAGCUGAAGAAGAACACCAAAUACGUGGGAUACAAAGCCACAGACCCAAACAUCCAAAAUUUCUGGACUGUUUUUGAAGAGCUGUCUGAGGAGCAAAAGAAACAUUUUCUGUCCUUCAUGACAGGAAGUGACCGACUGCCUGUAGGGGGACUGUCCAAAAUGUGGAUGACUAUCAUGAACCAGAACAAGGAUGACCCUGACAACUACUAUCCAGUGGCUAACACCUGCUAUUGCGUCUUAUACCUCCCACAUUACAGUAACAUUGAUGUUCUGAGAGAGAAGUUUAUGCAUGCCAUCACCUUCUAUGAAGAAUUCGGAGAGCUGUAAAAUAUAACAUGCAGAUACUGAAUGAUGUUUUUGCUGCACAAUUUUCAGCACCUA